ACAAAAUCACAACCCUAAUUUAACGAAGUAGCGCCGGCCGAUGGCGUUCAAGUGGAAAUCGGUGUUCGACGUUUCCGCCAUUAAAUCCGAUUUCCAGGUAGCCGGUUUGAACCCUAACUUCAUUCCCCAAAUCUGGAAACACGUCUUGAAAAAUCCUGAUUGCCGAUGGGAUGAUAUCCCUUCUCUGCCCUCCGCGGCUUACCAUCUCCUCCAUUCCAAGUUCAAACCCUCCACUUCUACUGUCCAUGCCGCCAUAGAUUCUUCCGACCUCGUCACCACUAAGCUCCUCAUCAAAUUGCAGAAUGGAGAAUUUGUGGAGGCUGUGAUAAUGAGAUAUGAUACUCGAUUGGGUAAAUAUGAUGGGAAACCUCGUCUUGGUGGUCCUAGGUCAACCUUGUGCGUAUCCUCUCAGGUCGGGUGCAAGAUGGGUUGCAAUUUUUGCGCGACAGGAAGCAUGGGAUUUAAGAGCAAUCUGACGUCGGGGGAAAUUCUGGAACAGUUAGUUCAUGCAUCGCGCAUAUCAGCUAUACGCAACGUUGUCUUUAUGGGAAUGGGAGAACCUCUAAAUAACUACUCGGCAGUGGUGGAUGCUAUCAGAGCCAUGACAGCUUUUCCUUUCCAGCUGUCUCCCAAGAAAAUUACUCUCUCAACGGUUGGCAUAAUACAUGGCAUUAACAAGCUGCAGAAAGACAUGCCAAACUUGAAUCUAGCAGUCUCACUGCAUGCACCAGUUCAAGAGAUCCGCUGUCAGAUUAUGCCUGCUGCUAGGGCUUUCCCUCUGGAAAGACUAAUGAAUGCAUUACAAGAAUAUCAGACUACCAGUCAGCAAAAGAUAUUGAUCGAGUACAUAAUGCUUGAUGCUGUCAAUGAUGAGGAGCAGCACGCUCACCAGCUUGGCAAACUGCUUGAGACAUUGCAAUCGGUUGUAAACUUGAUACCUUUUAAUCCUAUCGGUUCUCUAAGCUGUUAUAGUACCAGUGAUGAUCAGAAAGUCAUCAAAUUUCAAAAAAUACUUAGAGGCACUUACAACAUCCGUACAACAAUCCGUAAGCAAAUGGGACAAGACAUAAGUGGAGCAUGCGGCCAGCUUGUAAUAAAAAAGCCAGAUAUCUUAACAGACAUUGAAGAUCUCCGUAUUUGAUUUUCCAGUGACACAGGACAAAUAUGCGAUCUGGGCGCUUUCGUGCUCUGGAGUAAAGCAUAGCCUAGCGAAUCAAGAGUGAACUAGGUCGAAAUCAUUCCAUGAUCGAUGAGAUAUUAUUAUGUCGAUUAUCAGUAGGCAAUGUAUCAAAAGCUUUCUUACUAUCUCAUUGUUGUCCAAGUUAUAGGUCAUAUCUUAAUCAAGUCAUUUCAUUUUA